AUGACUUCCAACGAUGACAGUCCUCGCGAUUCGGAGCUUGACAGUAGGGACGAUGUCGGCUCGUCUAACCUUACGCCUUUGAGCACGACGGAAAAGCGACAGAGAAAGACAAAGUCGACCGCGUACAUCGAUGAUCUCGUUGCCGAGAAUAAACGUCUUCGUGAUCAAAAUGCAGACCCCAAAUCUCCUCCAGAGUCCACUAUCCCAGACGUGCCCAUACCGUCUACCAACCAAAUAGAAGCACCUUCCACAUUGCAGGGAACUUUACUGGAAGAACGGCCUUGGUUCUUUGACAUGAAUGUCCUCCAUACCCCUGUCCUCAUCGGUGAAGCUUCCGAUGCUGCCUUUGCCACUCGCUUUAGGCAAGCCAUAUCGGAGCCGGGACAUAGUCACAUACCCAGAGUUAACUACGCACCUGAUGAGACGCUUCUUGCUCUUUCAGAUGAAGAUUGUCCCUGGCCUAUUCCGUCUCGGGCACGACUUCUCGUCAAUGUUGCGUUGAAGUAUGUUAGCAGGGGCUACUAUAUCGUGCGUAAGAGUCAGAUAUUAGAAGGCCUUGAGCAGACGAUUCUAAACCCACACUCCACGGAUUCGUUACUCAAGACGGCAAAAGACAAGAACUUCCCUGGUAUGGCAUACUUUGCCCGGGCUACAAGGAUACUCCGGAUCAUCAGUGAAAGGCCACGCAUUGAUGCUGUCGAAAUCCGUCUACUUCUUUCAUUCUACUCGCUAGCUCUGAAUCGUCGAUACACAGCCUAUGCACUAGCAGGCUCAUCAGUUCGACUCAGUGUAGUCAUGGGCCUGAAUCUGAACGUGCCAGAAUCACAGCUCCGCGAUGCUGGCGCUCGAGAGCACAGGAAUCGCGUGUGGUGGACGGCCUAUAGCUUUGAUCGCAUGUGGGCAUCGAGACUGGGCCAUCCUGUAGCGAUACGUGAAGACGAGAUACAAGUUGACUUGCCCACCGAUCCAGUCCUUGAGACACCUUCGGACGAUUUUACAGACUCGUCGUACGUCAUCGCCAGUAUACGGCUUGCAGGUCUGGCUGCAAAAGUCAUCAAUUCGAUCUACACGAGGAGGCCGCAGCAGAAGACGCUUUCGCAAAGGGUUCAAGAGGCGUUGAAAGAUUUGAGAGCGUUUGUGGAAGAAUUACCUGCUCAUCUGCACAUUGAGCCAACUGAUGCCCCCGAACCAAGCCCCAAGCCUCUGUCACUGCACUUAUACUUCAACCAAGUUGCCAUCACGGCUACUCGACCUAUUCUUCUCCAUGUUCUUCGAACCCACGUUGCAGCAUGGGACACGCAACCACGUACUGAACCUCAAAUUCCCGUCUCAGCAAUGACCUUAUCGGAAGCCUGCGUCCGCUGCGCACGACACUCAUGCCGACUGCUGAUCGAAUGCUGGAUCGACGGCUCUUUUGCAACAUUUGACUACUUCUACACGCAAUAUCUCUUUGCGGCAGCCACAGUCCUCGCCAUAUCGAGCCUCAUCGACGGCAAAGAAUCGCGCAGCGACAAGGAGCAAUUCGAGUCAGCUGCGCAGUUCCUAGCCCAACUGAAAGAAAACGGGAACUUUGCAGCGGAGGAAUUUUGUAGGCAUGUUGACGCUAUGAAGGUAUGCAUGGCGACGCGACGAGGACAGUUUGCGCCAGACGCUGUGAUGCAGCAAUUUGAAGGCAUCGAUGUCGGAGGGUUUCCCAACCCGACAGCUGGGAUGGCGCUGUCAGAGCCUUCAUUGCAGGAGCUCUUAUCGCAGCCAGUGCUGGAUUUGCAGUUUAUCGAUGCGUCGAUGUAUCAUGAUGGAGCGCAAGGACUGUAUUGGCCUGAUAUAAGUCCUGAGAGUUGGCCUGCUACUGGCUGGACGCCGGGCGGAUGA